GAGCACUCGCCGAAGCAGGACGCCCGCGGGGAGGUGGUCAUGGCCAGCUCGGCCCACGACCGCCUGGCCUGCGACCCCAACACCAAGUUCCCCGCCCCGACUCACGGCAAGAACUGGAUAGCCCUCAUCCCCAAGGGCAACUGCACGUACAGGGAUAAGAUCCGGAACGCGUUCCUGCAGAACGCCUCCGCCGUGGUCAUCUUCAACGUGGGCUCCAACACCAACGAGACCAUCACCAUGCCCCACGCGGGUGUAGAAGACAUCGUGGCCAUAAUGAUUCCUGAGCCAAAAGGGAAGGAGAUAGUAAGCCUGCUGGAAAGAAACAUCACCGUGACCAUGUACAUCACCAUCGGAACCCGGAACUUGCAGAAAUAUGUGAGCCGCACUUCGGUUGUGUUUGUCUCCAUCUCCUUCAUUGUCCUGAUGAUCAUUUCCCUCGCAUGGCUCGUCUUUUAUUACAUCCAGAGGUUUCGAUAUGCAAAUGCCAGGGAUAGGAACCAGCGCCGACUGGGGGAUGCAGCAAAGAAAGCCAUCAGCAAACUCCAGGUCAGGACUAUCAAGAAGGGUGACAAGGAAACAGAGUCCGAUUUUGACAACUGUGCAGUUUGUAUUGAAGGGUACAAGCCCAAUGACGUUGUCCGGAUCCUGCCCUGCCGGCAUCUUUUCCACAAGUCCUGUGUUGACCCCUGGCUUCUAGAUCAUCGCACCUGUCCCAUGUGCAAGAUGAACAUUCUUAAAGCCCUAGGGAUCCCGCCCAAUGCCGACUGCAUGGACGACUUGCCCACUGACUUCGAGGGCUCUCUGGGAGGUCCACCCACCAACCAGAUCACAGGCGCAAGCGACACAACAGUGAAUGAAAGCUCAGUCACUUUGGACCCUGCUGUCCGGACUGUGGGAGCCUUGCAGGUGGUCCAGGAUACAGACCCCACCCCCCAGGAGGGAGAAGUCAUCUUUACUACUAACAGUGAGUUCUGCCAUACUUAAAGUGACAUAGCCGGAAGGGCUGUUGCCUUGUAGGAAUUGGAUAAAAAUACCUUUCCUCAA